AUGCUCGAGUCGUCGCUGCUGUCCAUUACCGGCGCCACCGCCGCGGCGCCGGACACAAUCGUGGACCCAGGCGCAGCACUGCACUUCAAGGCCCUCCACCAAGCGGAGGUGAGCACACGUGGCAGGGAUAGACCGACGCACGUGCAGCUGGAGCAGAUCGACCGGCGCCGCAGCAAGCCAAGCCUGUCCGAAGCCGAGUUUGGUGUGGGAAUGACGGAGCGGCUGCUGCCGGAGUUGCCGCGUCUGCCAGCGUUGCAUGAAGUGCACUACGGCGACGCUGUGGUGCGGGAGCUGGACCGCAGUACAUACUUUGCGCUGAAGCAGGGCAACAGCACGAGUGCGACCACGCUAUCGAUGAACGCUGGUGCCAGCCACCCCUCGACAGACUCGGCGGCCGCACCCGGCAACGCUGCCGUGGUCAUCAUCAACGGCGAGGCGUGUGUAGAGAUGAGCCUGGACGAAGACUUGGGCGAGGCAAGCUUUUCAGCGUUUGAUGCCGAGGCUGGCAAGGCAGCUCCGACAGCGUCCCACGCUACUACCCCAGCUCGCACUGGUGCCGCGGCCGCUUCAGUGCCGGCCAGCUCGACCGCCGAAGGACAAAUCAAGUCUGCCAAGGGCGACAGUGGUCGUGAAAAGUGCGACGCUGCCGCGGGUGGUGCGUUGUGUAUUCAAGAAGACAUCGACGCCAGCGAUGCCGCGGAGCCUGGUAACAGCAACGGUGACGACAGCGACGCGGAGGAGGACGGUCUUUCGCUACAGCUCAACUUUGGCGCGGAGCGGCCGUGGUUUGUGCCGGCUUCUGGGGUCGUGCAGCUGCACCCGCUGUCGCCGCAAGACUGCGCGCUGCUGCUGCGGUUUGUGUUGCGCCUACGUCAGCAAAGUGAAGUCGAUCUUGUGCCGUCGCUGCGCCGCGCGCUGAUUGCUGCCGAGCAGCAGACAGCAGAGACGGAGGCGGGCGGAGAGGGCCACGCGAAGAGAGGCGGCGCUUCCGUAAUGUCGGAGCCGCCACAAGCGUCGUUGUCAAGCGAACCUGCCACAAGCAGUCGUGGCCGCCGCCCUCACCUGACCUUAGCCGAUGUGGUUCGUUACCUGGACACCGCGCCGCCGCCGGUGAUCGCCUUUACGGAGUCGCUCCCCGCCAACAGCGCGAGCCCCUGCACGUCCAGCUCUGGCCCCGACUCCACAUCCCCUGCCUUCGUGUUUCACAUGUACCUCGAGAAUAUCUCCUCGCAGAACGCCCUCGGACACCUGGCUGGUCUCUUCGGCAUUCCUCAGCGCUCCUUCCAGACACACACCGCUGCGAGCAAGAUGUCGUGCAGCACGGUGAUGUGCGCCAUCGCCGAGAACCGCGUGCGACGUGAGCACCUGCUGCUGCUGAACACCCUGCGGCACCCGGGAUUCGUGCUGCGCGUGAGCGACAUUCGCGAAGUGCGCGAGGAUGUGCACGGCUCCUCUGGCGACUCCGCCGGCGCGGACGCGUCGUCACCGUCGUCCACGUCGCAGCGCUUAUUUCGCGAGCUCGCCCGCUGGCAGCCCCUUUACCAUACCGAAGUGCUUCUGCGGCGUGUGUGUAGCGCGGGCAGCACCGCGAGUGGCAGCGGCCUAUCGACGCGGCAGCAGCUUGAGCACCGCCUGCGCGCGGUGCAGACGGUCGGCGCCAUCUGCUUCUGUGCAAACCGCGAGGCGUCGUUGGCGCGUGCGGCGACGGACGUGCUGCACAACUUUUUCCGCUCUGCCCUGCUGAACGCGCUGCAGCGCCGCAAGGCGCCGGUGCCGCUGACCCGCUUCCUGAAGCGACCCAACUUGGCAACGGCGCAGCACGCGCAUCACGUGAGCACCGAUGUGACCGUUCGGCAGGUGCUGAAGACCUUUAUCCAGUGCAACGGUGACUGGCAUGCAACGGUGGUGCGCACGCCCUACGUGUGGCGCCGCCGCUGGAUCAACGCGCUGCGCGGGCUUGUCUGGAACACUAUGGCGAGCCAGCGCAUCCGCAAAGCAGGUCGGGAGGUCUGCCUCGGCGAUGUCGUGCUGAAGCCAGAGUACCGCGAUGACGUGCAUCGGCGCGGCAUCAUGACGGUGAAAGCGGAGCACGUGAUGGUCGUGACAACGUCUGCGGAAGCGCAGGCGGCGUGCAUGGAAGACGUCUUCAUUCCUUUCCUCCGCGGUCGCUACCCAGAGCAUCUCUUCGCCGACGAGUCCACUGGGCAUCCGAUCAUGACGCGCACGAACAUGCUGGCCCUGCUGCGAGCAAUGCACGCACCGCAGCUGCUUCUGGGCUUCACCGACGAGGCGCGGCUGCUACUGGACAUCAGAGCCGACGUCUCACCGCUGCUUUUCCGCCGCCUGCUAGUGCGGCCGCUGGGGCUCGAGUUCGCCAUCUUGGAAGACAAGCCUCCCAUGCGCGCGCUGCACUUCGACGCGGCACGGCUGCUCACGAAUGACCGCUGGCUGGCCGCCGAUGGCGUGAAGCAGCAGCAGCAGGAGCAGGAGCAGCAUCCAUCCUCGCGAACAGGACUCAACGACAACAACGGCAACAGCGGCAACGCUCCGCGUCCAACAGCGCUGCAGCUGGCCUGCGCGAGUCAUCUUAUACCGCCAAGCGUAGUGCUGGAACGCACAACCCUCGGCGCUCGCCUCGCCUCCGGCAUCCUCUCCGAGGAGUUCUUCAGCGUUCCCUCGGCAGACGACUACGUCGUGCUCGGCCACGCCCACCGCCACCUCGACGGAGAUCUGGUCCAAGCAGCCCCGCACUCUGACACCGCCGUCGUGGGCGAUCGCGUGUACUCGGUGUAUAUCCGCGCUGUGGUGGAGCACAACCUUGCUGGUCUGUCCAGCAUGCUGCGCGAGUACUUUGCGCUCUCCGGCAUCGAGACGGAGGCGGACAGCUCGCUGCAGCACAAGGUGCACCGCAUGCGGCGCGAGCUUGAUCCAGAGACAGAGCUGCUGACGGCGCCGGUGUACUGCUCGACGUGCUACAACCGCGACCAUGACACUCAGGAGCAGUGUGCUGAGUACCAGUACAAGCGCCAUCGACGUGGUGCGCAGCUCGAUUUGGCCGCCGCCGCUCUCCAGCUAGAGGAAGAUGCGCAUAGAAAGGGGAUGGAGCAUGAAAGAGGUGCGGCGCUGCCUCCGGUUGGGAUGCCGGGGAAGAGGCAUGGCGACUUGGGGAGAGACGAAGCCUCGGUGACUGAUCUGACCCCCUCGAUGCCGCCUGCGGCGUCGACGGCAGCCACAACGCCGGUGCCUGCGCGCACGGUGUGCAUGCGCUGGCGGCUGAGGCGCCGCCAUGACGAGCAGCGCUGGGGCGUUCGUUUCACAAAAUCGCUUCACCUCGUCGGCAUCGACGAUGCGUCACUCCUGCGAGAGGCCGCGGUGUGGUGUAGCGCGACCAGCGAGGCCUGUGACGCUGUGAGCAGCGCAUCGACAACGGCAGUGGCCAUGCCGGACGAGGCCGAAGUUUGCCCGUGGCCAUCCUUCUGGAUCGCCCAGAGCGCCCCGGUGGACGAGCAGGCUCCGCCGUCCUCGUCGUCAGCGCUGCGCAUCCUUCAGUUCGUGCGUGCCGCACUUCGUGGCAGCGUCGGCACAGACACAGGCACAGCCCCACAGCAGCUGGUCGCGCUUACUGAACUGCUUGCGCAGUCGCCGCUGCUGCGGCUGCCACCGGCUGCAUUGACAGUGGCGCUUCCGCCAUCCACUGCGGCGCCGGCGGCGUCGCUGCUGAAGGCGUGCAAGUGGCGCUUGGCGAAGGUGAACGCGAAGCCGGUUGCCACCCAGCGCGACGUGGCCGCCGCCCUGCUCACCGAAGCUGUGAAGUCGCGCGAGGUGUGGCUCACCUUCGAAGUACCGAUAGGCGCCGCCGCCGAGAACAGCCGCGCUGACGUGUUGACGCGCGCGCCGCCUGGUGCCAGUGACAGCACGGGCGCGCUUACGAAGCGCGACGACGCCGGCUCGACUGCCUCGCGAGGUGUCGUCCCGCAGAGCACCGCUGCGAUGCCACCGAAGCGGCGGCACGAAGCAGAGGUGGCGAUGCGACGUGCCUUGAGCGAGGUCAGCCCCGACACACGGCGGUGGGUGCAGGACUUGCCGUACCGAGUCACCGUCGUCCUCAAGAAGCACCGUCGCCAGGUGCAGGCACACCGCUCGUGGGGGCUGCAGCUCGACGGGACGGACAUGACGCUCGUGAACUUCGCGCAGCUGAUGUUGCGGUUUAUGGCUGACUCGGACACGCACGAUAAGCAGGGACAUGGCGGUGGACGUUGCUCGGUUGCCUCCAUCGCCCCUGGCGAAGCGUUCCCUCGCCUUAUUAGCAGCAGCAGCAGCGACAAGAACGACCGCCACCUUCACAGCGUCUCGAAGCUGCUGAGCGACCUUGAUCCAGGAUUGAUGCCAGUUUUGAACGACAUGUACCGUGUGAUGCGCAUCCACAACACGCCGGUGCGCCACAAGGCGGAAGCGGCGCGUGCGAUGGCGGACUUUCAGGCAUCGCUGGACGCAGCGCUGGCGUCCGCACACGUCGCUGAGCCGUCCGCGCCGCCUCGAGGCGGUGACCAUCGCGGCGCACAUGCGAACAUGUCAGCCUCGAGCGAAGAGUUCUUUCUCACGCUCACCUUAGAACGCAAGGCCUCAAGCUACCGACUCUGCAGCUCGCCAGCCACGGAGCACGGGCUACAGCCCGCAGCUGCUGAGCUCAGCGGCCGCAGCAACGCUCCUGUGUCGGCAAACGCGUCCUCGUCUGCUGCUGCGCUGUCGCCCCCAGGCGCUACAGCGGUGGUGGACGCGGCCCUUCUCUCGGGUUUGGCAACAGAGCGCUGCCCGGUGCGGCCCAUCACAGAGGCGCAGCUCUCGCGCAGCGUCGUCACGGUUGCCAUCAACCGUCUCCUGCUCACGAGCGCGACAAUGGACAAGUGGGGGCUGCGGCUGCAGCAAGGCACGCGGCGGCUGAAGGCGAUACAAGAGAACCAGUACUUCAGCUUCCACGUCUUCGCGGCCAAGAAGUCGCAGGGGGCCCGCAUCGCCGACACGCUGCGCCUCAUUCCCGCCUCCAACGCCGCGAUGGGGGCGGCAACACGGAGCAAUGCGUCGACCUCAGCGACAAGGCGCGCUCAUCACCUCUAUUACGUGGAGCGAGUUAACCGCACCGCGGUUCGCUCGCACGCAGAGCUGCGGCAGGCGCUGCUAACGGCUGCGCAGCCGGCGCAGCAGCAGCAGCAGUUGGGGCGUGGCCCGACGCCGAUGCCAGCCCUCCCUCCCGAGUCCGUGACGUUAGGCGUCCGCCAGCUCCCGCUGCUGCGGCUUUCAGCGACCGUCCGUCGCGGCGGCGUCGGUGAAGAGAGCGCGCUCGGCCCCGUGGGCCUCCAGGUGGAUAACCACAUGCAAGUAGUGGCCGUGUUCGCGGGCAGCCCCAUGGCCCGCGCUCUCGACGAGGCUGCAGGACCGAUCUGCUCUCUUCGGCGGCUUAUCCGCGACCGCAGCGACGCUAGCGGUGCCCUGGACAGCACACCAGAGGUAGGCUCGGAGGCGGCGUGGGACGUUGUUCGAGAUCCGCAGUUGCGGGAAUCGCUGGCGCGGGUGGCGGCCGCCACCUCAGUGCCCUCCAGCAGCUCUGCAGGCGGCAGCGCCGGCGGCGGCACCGACGAGACGCGCACGGCACGGAUGAUCACGACAGUGGCCAAGAAGCCGGUGCGGCGUCAAUGGAACUACGGCAUGGACGAAGACGACGGAGAAAACAGUAGCGGCGGCAAUGACACUCCUGAUACUCGCGUGGCGGCGGUAGCUACCGGCACGUCGCCCGGCGCGCCGGCGGCGCAGGUCUCAGCGCCGUCCCUGCUGCUAGUGGAGGAAGAGUCGGCUGUCCGCACCUCUCUGCGCGACCUUGCCGCUGUUGCGGCAUAUAUACAACAGCAGCUCUGCAAGUGCACCAUGGUGGACGGUGUGCAUGUGCUUCAAGCGUCGAUGCUGCAGGAGUUCGCGUUGGCACAGCUGGCCAAGCUGGACCAACGUCACGGGCCAACAUCAGACGGCGCGCCAUCCUCCGAGGACGCGGUGGAGGCGGCGGCGAUGCUGGCAGGGGUACGGACAGAGCUGGCCCAGCUGCAUAAGCGUGUGGACGCAGUGCAUCACGAAGUUCGCUGGGAGGUUGUGUACGCAGUGGCGUCGAAUCGGCCUCUACGCACGCCGGCGGACUUGGCGGCUGCCUUCGCGCCUGGCGUUGCCGAGGAGACCAUCAUUCUUCAGCAGCUGAUGGAGGACUGA